AGUGUGUUGUUUGUAUAAAUGCAAAACUUAGUAUAAAAUAAGGAUAGCAAAGAAUCAUUUCCUGAAAUUUGCUAUGUAUGUAUGCAUUAAUGUUCUCAUGCCUGGCAGUUGGGUGUGCAGCUGUUCUAGAUGGGACUCCAUGUCUCCCAAAAGAGUGGUAUAGCCCAGAUCACGUGAUUGGAGCGGGAGACGGACCAGACCCAUCUGAAGUCUCCUUUCCUGGUUGCAGCUGUCAUUCUCCUUCCUGCUUGGCUUCCCUGUGUUCCUGUCUUCGCUAUGGAGAAAAUUAUAACAGUUCAUGCAUUAACAGUGAAGGAAACGAACUGGAUUUUUCAAAGCCUGUUUUUGAAUGCAACACCAUGUGCCCAUGUGGAGAGUUGUGCCAAAACAGGGUGAUUCAAAGGGGCUUGCAAUUCAGACUUGAAGUCUUCAAGACCACUAAGAAAGGUUGGGGUCUUCGCACUCUGGAGUUCAUACCCAAAGGAAGAUUUGUGUGUGAAUAUGCUGGGGAAAUCCUAGACUUCAAAGAAGCUCGUCGAAGGAUACAGCUGCAGACAUCGAGUGAUCCAAAUUACAUUAUAGCAGUAAGAGAGCACUUUCAUGGUGAGCAGAUAUUGGAGACAUUUGUCGAUCCCACGUACAUAGGUAACAUUGGUAGGUUUCUGAACCACUCUUGUGAACCAAACCUCUUGAUGGUUCCUGUCCGAAUAGACUCAAUGGUGCCUAAGUUGGCUCUUUUUGCCGACCGUGAUAUUUGUGCAGAUCAAGAACUUACCUAUGAUUAUUCUGGAAGAUACCGUAAUUACUUGCCUGUAAAAGAUCAAGAGAAGCUACAAAAAGAAGAAUCUAAGAAGCCCUGUUAUUGCAGAGCAAAACUGUGUACAGGUUUCUUGCCCUAUGAUAGUUCUUUAUUCUACAAAGGAAGCUGUGCUGAAGAAGCAUUGUGAAAAUGCAAAAACAUGUUGUCUUUUUAAACAGUGCUCAAGCAAGGGUACUGAAGGCUGGAAGUGUCUUUUUUUCGUGUACAUGUGGAUCCAUCUUCCCAACCAGGGCCACCAGUUGACAAAUCUGAACAAAUGUUUGCAACUAGAGUUAGAUCAGAAACUUUGCUGGAAUUAACCUUCAAUGGAAUUUCAAAAGGUGUUGCUGUAGAAGAAGUGGCUCACCAUAUUUAUACACAGAUCUCAAACACUUCUACCUAGAAGCAAAGCCCAUUGAAACUUACUUUCAUGUAAGUGAAAUUAGCAGAGCAUACAUAUAAUCAGCAAGCUUUUUUCUUUGUACAGGAGGAAAUUAUUCAUGG